AUGAAUUUGCUUUCGCUUGUAGCGACCAUUUUAUUGGUAAACUGUGGUGACGGAUACGUUGACAACUUCUAUCUUUCGGCUGCAUUCUUCGACAACAUCAACAUCUCCAGAAACCUGAUGUUGGACAUUUCCUCCGCCGAGACUUUUGUUCUUGACGCGAAUUCUUUUCCCAAUGUUGGUAAAAACAAUUCUUUCGAUGCAACAAAGUCGAUAACAUUUCAUAGAACUGUAAAUUUUUCAACUACUUAUUCUAAUUUGACCAAUGACGAGGAAUUUACCGUUUCUGGUUAUAAAGGCGACGACUUUGUGGACCUCCCAUUCCGCGUCGAAGCCGAGUUUUCAGUGGCAACAGGGAUCAGAGGCGAUGCCUUGAAGAGCAAUGGGAAUGACCAGUAUGCCGGCAGGAUUGGAUUUUCAAAAGGGAAGUCGUUGAUUCGAGAGAAGUUGUUCGAAAAGGCCAGUUCAAAGAUGAUUUGCUUCUUUUUGACUACCCUCUUGGAGGAACAGAAGUAAGUGGAUUGAUGUAUAAUUUUUUUAUCCUUUACUAUUUGCUACAUAGAGAGUUUUGCUCGAAUCUUUUAUUUUUAGAAUCGGAUUUAAGCUUGUCACAUGGUUCAAACUCUACAACAGCACAACGCUCACAGUCAACACCUCUGCUGAAGCGAAUUCUGAAAACCUUUGGCAAGUGCCAGUGACCUCUUUGGAGAUUGGGAAAUUCAAGUCCAAUUUUAAAGCUAUUGCGGUUUUAUCGACAACUUUGUCCGGAAUCACAGUCCCCGAACGAUUUUUAGCGCCAAUCGUGCGAGCGCUGAAUGGCCAGUGGGACGCAGAGAAGAAUUAUUACAAAGUGGAUUGUAGCGCCAAACUUCCAUUGACGAUUGGAGUUGCCGGAAAGCCAGUUGAAAUCGGGUUCAAUGGAUACGUUGAAACGGUGGAUUUCAAGAAGCCGGAAUGCCGAUUGAGAAUACGAUCUCACAAACGCGACUUGUUUGUGCUUGGACUUCCUUUGUAUGUGAAUCGAGGAGCUUGCAUUGAUUUUGCUACUGACACUGUUGCUUUGUUUAGAAGAUGA